ACAAAGAACGGACGUAAAAGGAUCCGUGUGGCGAAUCGCGAAGAAUAGUGAAGAAGCGAUCGUGUGAAACGGGCCGCCACGGGCCGCGCGUCUGACAGCGCUCCUGUCAACAUCGUGAGCCGACCGAGUUUGUCAGGUUUGCCUUUGUUUCCAUCACCGCAGCAGCCGCCUGGAUAUCUUCCGAUACCCUUACCUUCUUCCAGUGUUUACGCUUGCAGUGAACAAUCAAGCAAUGUCCUUCGCAAUCACGAGCCGCGCGAUCCACGGAAAUGUUUGUUUUGUUCGACUCGUCGGCCGUUGAGACCGGUCGCAACCGUCGUCCGUCAACUUAACCUCUACGCCGCGAAGAUUAACCUGGAACGCUGUGAAUCCGCUGAUUCUGCUCCGCGAGUCGCAGACUUCAUCCACGUCGAGCUGCUCGUCCUGAAUUGAAUCGACCAGAGAAGCCUUCAAACUUCCUUCUUCUGGGUUAUCAGGAGAUUGUAAAAGGAUACGUGUGGAUACGUGCGAGAGAUGGCUGGCAACAACGAGCUCUGGGUGCAAUGUUUUACGUGCUGCCUGACUCCACGGCCAACGAGGAACAACAGGCGGAACAGUGGUAGGCCGCAUCAGAGGCUCAGGAUAGACCGAAGUAUGAUCGGCGUGCCCACGAAUUUCAGACACACAGCGCACAUCAGUAGUGGUGACAUCGACAUGUCGAUCGCCCAGCUAGCCGACCUCCAGGCGCAAAUGCAAAGGAAGAGUGGUUUCGAUACCGAUUUCAGCGCCAAGGCAUGACUCAGUCUUUUCGGCAUGCUGAGGAUAGCUUCGUCAAUGUUGCAGCAGGAUAUUUAACACGAUAGCGACAGAACGAGAGAGCUUUAUGUAGCGGAAGGACGACUGAUGUUUUUCUUUUUGAUAUCCAUGUUCCUUACUCGUUUGAUGGACGAGCGCAUUUCUUCCAUAUGAACAAGAUUGCAUUUUGCAAGAUGCUUAGAGAAUCAAGACACAUUUAUGUUCACUGGACAAGUCUGACUUCCAUUUGGAACGGAAAACUGCCAGAGUUAAUCAUGUUAUAGCGUAUAAAUAAUCAUUUACGACUUUAUACCUCUAUGUUUUUGACUGGAGACGCAUUGCGUCUAAAAACUUAAUAUUCUAUAAUCAUAUUCUAUAAAUCAUGUGCCUUUUUGUCGGCGAUCUGACGUUCCGUGCGGAAAAAAAUAUGUAUACAAAAACGAGGAAUGUCGUUUUAUUUGUAAAAUUAUUUGUAAGAUUUAGAAAAUAUAAUGUAGACGUGUAAUUAGAGUAUAAGUAAACGUAUCACAUAAUAUCACAUAAUAUAAUUCUGUACACGUAAUACUUAUCCUAUUGUCGAAUAUUGUCGCGUAUAUUAAUAAUACAAGAGAGCAUUGGCGAUAUUUAUAAAACAGUGUAGUUCCUUCAUGAAGACACCUCCGUUCCUUCGUUAAUCGACACAAUAUGAUACCGAGUACCGACGUCGCCGAUUGUUCUCGGCUCGUGAAUUUCUUCGUGUAUCAACUUCCUCCACCUCCUGUGUAUUCUGGACACGGUAGUGUGGUCCUCCAUUAUUCUUAAUAUCUAAUCCUUUUUUUCAUGUUUGAAACAAAAAAUUAAUAACACAAAUAAGCGAAGAAGUGAAACCAUAUUCGGUCAAAGCGGAUCUUGGUGCUUAAUAUUUUUGCGUGAAUUUUCUAUUUAUGCGAACUGUGUGUCGAUUACAUUGGUUUACAAAGUUUCAUGCAAGAGAAUAUGAAGAUUAUUUCUACGAUAAUUUUCUACGAGCUAUAAUCUACCAUCAAAAUGUUUCUAGGAUUUUGAGAUAUAAGAAAAAUAUAUCUAAUUAUAAAAAGAAAGACUUUUUCCAAUAUAAUAGUGAAGUUUGAUUGAAAACAAAUUUUAUUAGAAAACAAAUCGAAAAUGUUGAUGGAAUUUUUCUGAUUCGAACUCGGCGUCCCAAAAUAUGUUAAAAAAAUUGGGGGGAUCCCGUUUGCCUACAAAUCGA